CGCACCGGAAGCUCAUCCACAACGUGUCGUCGGGAAAUUCACGCGUGUGCUUUUCGUUCAACUUGCGAUCAGAAAUUGGACAAAACGUGCUGAGCAUCCUCUAUUUUGGUCUUUUCAAGGUGUCCUUGUAGCGAGGCAUCAUGGGUCGCAGGUUGGAUCCCGCCAACAGGGUGAAACGAGGUCCCGGGCGGAAAUCCAGAAAGCAGCAAGGGGCGGAAACAGAGUUAACCAAAUUCGUAAAAGAUGAGGAAUCGGAGCAAAAACGUCAGUCAAGAAGAGCCAGGAUAAGGAACGCAAAAAAAAUCGCCAACACUUUGACAAAGGCUAAAGCAGCUGCUGAGGAGCAGGCUAAGAAAGGCUUCACAGACGAGAACAGCAAAUGGCUGAAGCCGACAAAGAGGAAGCGCAAGCUGGAGCAAUCCGACAGCGAGGAUGGCAGCGACGAGCACUGGGAGGAAGAAGACGAUUUUGACGACGAGGAGGAGGCAGAAGUCGGAGCGCCGCCAUCGAAGAAGAAUGAAGGAAAGAACCAAGCAAAGAUGAACACACAACUGGGAAUGAAAGAAUUGGAGGAGGAAGAUGAUGACGAUGAUGAAGAAAUGGUCGAUGACUACGGUGCUCUUGAUGAAGAGGAAAGUGACGGAGAUGAGCUUCUCCCUAUUGAGCGUGCAGCCAAAAAACAAAAGAAGCUGAAGCAAACUAUGGGGCUUGAGAGUGAUGAUGAGGAGGAGGAUGAUGAUAGUGAUGAGGUGGAUGAUGACAAAGAUGCCGAUAAAAAAUCAGAUGAUGAAGAGGAAGAAACAUUGCAGACCAACGUAGACGACUUGGAUCAGUUCAGGUUUCCUAGACCGGAGGAGAGUGAGAAUGAAGGAGUCCUGCCUGUGGACCUGAAGACGAUACACCAAAGAAUCAAGGACAACAUUGACGUCCUUUGUAACUUUGCGUCGAAAAGAGAGCCGGGGAAAGCGAGAGUGGACUACGUCGCUCUGCUGAAAAAUGAUCUUUGCACCUACUACAGCUACAACGAGUUCCUCGUCGAGAAGUUCAUCGAGCUCUUCCCGCCCUCGGAGUUGGUGGAGUUCCUUGAGGCGAAUGAAGUUCACAGGCCAGUCACCAUUCGGACCAACACAUUGAAAACCAGGAGGAGGGACCUCGCUCAGGCCCUAAUCAACAGAGGUGUGAACUUGGAUCCACUAGGAAAAUGGUCCAAAGUGGGUUUAGUCAUUUACGAUUCCUCUGUCCCCGUUGGCGCCACUCCGGAGUACCUGUCUGGUCAGUAUAUGCUGCAAGGCGCUUCCAGCUUUCUGCCAGUAAUGGCGCUCGCGCCGCAGGAGGGCGAGACCGUGUUUGACAUGAGCGCCGCCCCGGGAGGAAAAACCACUUAUAUCGCUCAGCUGAUGAAAAACACGGGGGUGGUCAUCGCUAACGAUGCCAACGCUGACAGAUUGAAGAGUGUGGUGGGCAACAUCCACCGUCUGGGCGUCACCAACACGCUAGUGUGCAAUUACGACGGCAGGCGGUUCCCAAAGGUCAUGGGCGGCUUCGACAGAGUGCUCCUCGAUGCUCCGUGCUCCGGUACAGGCAUCAUCGCUAAAGACCCUGCUGUGAAGACCAACAAGGAUGAAGCUGACAUCCUGCGCGCCGCCCACUUGCAGAAAGAGUUGCUCAUGUCCGCCAUCGACUCUGUCAACGCCCAGUCCACCUCGGGAGGAUAUCUGGUCUACUGCACGUGCUCCGUGAUGGUGGAGGAGAAUGAAUGGGUGGUGGACUACGCGUUGAAGAAGAGGAAUGUCAAAUUGGUUCCCACCGGACUGGAUUUUGGCAAGGAGGGCUUCACCAGGUUCAGAGCUCACCGGUUCCACCCGUCUCUGCAGCUCACCAGGCGGUUUUACCCCCACACUCACAACAUGGACGGCUUUUUUGUGGCCAAGUUUAAAAAGUUCUCCAACGUGAUUCCAACUGCACCCGCAGCGAAAGAAGAAGAUAAGGCAGACGCUCCGGACGAAAAAGCGGACAAGACCAAGAAGGUCGUCCCCGGCGAGGCGGGCGAGUUAAAGCAGGAGGCUAAAAUAAAUGGAACAGCAGCAAAAAAAAGGCCUCACUUCCAGGCUAAAGGGAAAAACAACUCUCCUGCUGGACCGAAAAAAGCUAAGAUAGCCAGGAUGGACAGAGAUACUGUGACGGGACAAAGGACCAAGACGCCCGCCAUGGCUGAGACGAAAGCGGGGAAGAAGGCUGAGAGCAGAUUUGAGAAGAAGCAGGCCAACCAGAAGGAGAACCCCAUGAAAGCUAAGAAUAAAAUGGGGAAUAAUUUCAACAAAAAUAGGAAAAAGAAACAACAAGCUAAGAAUACAAUGGGGAAGAAUACAUUCAACAAAAAGUGGAAAAAGAAACAAGCGAGAUCAUAAAAAAAUUUAUUUGUGUUUAGAAGGUUACUAAAAAAGGAGCUUUGUUGGGUCGUUUUGGAGAUGUAUGCAACAAUCUCUCCACAACCGAUUCAAGCAUAGCUAAAGUAACUACAGACGUACAUAUAUUGUGCUGGGUUUUUUAUUGUACCUUGAAAUAGCAAUUAUAUUUGUUUUGUUGACUGAAUUAUGUGAAUGGGGUUCUCGCAUAAACCUGACAAUAAAUUUUUGAGAUACCCAUGUUCUUUAA